CGUGUUUUUCUGCUGUUUGCCACAGAUUAAAGCCUUCCCCAGCCACAGGAGUGCCGUGGGAAGCCGUCCCUCGGGAUUUCUCCCUCCCUGUGUGGGUCAUACACAGUUCCUGUUCACCUCGGUGGUUUGUGUUGUGGGAGGCACUGAGAGCCCUUGGGGUAGCAGUUAUUGACUAGAGUUUUUUCUUUCCUGAGCCUGAAUAAAUCCUGCAGGAAGGCUGCAAACAGCCCAGGUGGAGAGGGAACUCCAUCCUGCCCCCGCCGGGCAGGCCACAGCUAAUUAUGCCGUGAACUCUUAACCUGGACCUCACCACGUUGUUGUUCGUGUGUAACUCUGCACAACACAGAGCAGGUGCAUCACUGAACAAGCUGCCGUUGCCACCGCGGUUGCAGUCAGACUGACAAGCACAGGACGAUGGCUUCCAUCGAGGAGCGCACCUUCAUCGCCAUCAAGCCCGACGGAGUCCAGAGGGGGCUGAUCGGGGAGAUCAUCAAGCGCUUCGAGCAGAAGGGAUUCAAACUGGUGGCCAUGAAAUUAAUACAUGCCUCUGAAGACCUUCUGAGAGAACACUACAUCGACCUCAAGGACCGGCCCUUCUAUGAUGGGCUGGUGCAGUACAUGCACUCGGGACCUGUUGUGGCCAUGGUGUGGGAAGGUCUUAACGUGAUUAAGACAGGAAGGGUGAUGCUGGGAGAAACUAAUCCAUUUGAUUCCAAGCCUGGCACUAUUCGUGGUGACUUCUGUGUUCAAGUUGGAAGGAACAUCAUUCACGGAAGUGAUUCUGUGGAAAGCGCUGAGACAGAGAUCAAUUUAUGGUUCACUCCUGAAGAACUGGUUGAUUACCGAAGCUGUGCUCAUGAGUGGAUCUAUGACUAACACUGAGCCUGCAUCUUCUGAUAUCCCUACAGCCCCUGAGCAGCUGCCAGCCUUUAGCUAUUCCAAAGCCCUGGUAGAAACCUCAGAAAUCUGUGAGACUGCUCUGUUGUUGUGAACGUUAAGUAGAGUCAGUGUUUGCUGCUGCUUUGAUUUAAAAGCUGUGAAGUUAUAGAUGGAAUUGUACUUUAAAAAAAAGCUGCCUCUGGGGUUGAGAGAUAUGAGAUUAAAACACAGAGCAUAUGAAAAAUAUAUAUUUUCCUGGAACAUUUUAUAGCCAUAGAGAGUAUUUUGGUAAAUAGAAAAAUUUUUUUGUUGCUGUUAAAAAAAUAUCCAAUAAUUCAACGUGCAAAUGGGUUGGUGUUAGCAGUUAACUUUAUUUAAAU